AGCAAUUUAGAAAUGUUGCGGUGGAAUAGUGUUGCAAUGGAAUAUCUGCGGAUCAAUUUGACGUCGACGUCGCUGGUCACACCCACCUGAAAGGGGGAAUGAUUUUUUGUCUAAAUUCGGAAAAUUCUUCCCUGGCAACGGGGACUCUGAGUUAUGAGGACGUCGUAAACAAGUUCACCUACGACAUGCGGUCAAUCUCUGUCGGGGCAUCGCUUGAAGCGGGGAAGAACAAAAAAAGCGGGAAAAUGCAGCUUACCCCGGGCGCUUCAAUGCCGCUCGUCCUGCACGGCGCGGACAGCGCGAUAAGCCGGACGGAGAGUCACGUUGGAGGCAAGAUUGAAAUCAAGAAGCCCGAACUACAGAAGCAGUCUUUGACCAGACUUCAAGAAUCUGUUCGACAUUUGCAACCCUUAGGAAACGUUUUCGAUGGAGAAAAAUUGGCACGGCGGACCCAGAUGGUGACCGCGUUUGCCAGUCAAGUCUCGACUUUUUUGUCAAAUCGAGUAAAAAGCAUUGAUUUGAAGCGACAAGAGGUCGAAGUUCAGGAAGAAAUUGUGAAAAAAGAGCCCAAUGUUGAGAAGAAGUUUGCAGCUUUGCAGAAACUUUUGAUAUUGCGAGAAUCUGCGGAAAAGGAUAGAGCAAUGUGGGGCCCGGGUGGAACUGGGAGGCAGAUUUGUACCGCGUUGAGUGCCGCGUUUUGCGGGAAUGUGGGGCAAAUUGGAAGCUUGGCGGUGAUUGGGCGAGAGGCAGGGAUCAAUUUUAUCCAGGCCAGGGCGGUCAGCGAAAUUGGGAGGAUGGUCCGUGAUCGGGGAUUGAUUGAAGGUCAUCCACUUCAUGUAGCGGCACACGCGUUACUUGCAUUUGCGGGGGCGGCGGCUAGGCGGGAAAAUCCGUUAGGACCGGUUAUUGUGGCGGGAGUGUCUUCAAUUAUUCCAGCAAUGAUUAUGCGGGCACCGGAUCCGCUAGAGUCUGAGCAGGAAACUUUGUCGCGAAGGAAUUUACUCGUGACGACAAUUCUCGCCGCUGCAAUUUUCUCCGGACAAAGCGAGAACGUUAAUCUAUCCUCGAUCCUAAACACUGCGACGAUCGCGCUGGAUAAUAAUUUCCUCUCGUCGCGACAAUUCGUCCAAUUUAGGACGGAAUUAUCCAUGGCGGGAACGAUUUAUGAGAAAACAGUCAUUAUCAAGAAAUGGAUUAAGCGGGGCGCUCACCAAUUAUACCAUCUCGAAAAAGGUUUCGCCCAUGGAAUAAUUGCGGCGGGGAUUGACGAGGUGAAAGGGAUGGUUGACCUAAUUUCCGAUAUCGGAGGAGCAUUGACACAAAUACGGAAAGUGUUAUCCGAUCCGGAAAUCAGGAGACGGAUUGGUCACGAAAUCGUGGCAUCGCUCGAGGAGAAGUUAGGCAAGGUUGUUGACCUCUUCGAAAAUGGAGGGGGCAAUGAUGACGCCUUCAAAUUGGGAAAAGAAUUAGGUCAGCUGACAUUUCACGCGAUAUCACUUACUUCUGGGGUUGUCGGGGGGGCAAAGUUGGUGGUAAAAUUGCCCACAACGUUCGGAAAACUGGGGAAGAAAGGGAUUAAGCAGAGUUGGAAUGUCGCUAAAAAGGGGGCAUCGACCGCAAAGAGUAGCGUGCUGCCGUACAUCAAAAACUUGGGGGAAUUCAUGCUGAACGUGGACCGCUGUGAGAUGAGUAUCUUGAAAAAGAUGGAGCUUGCAAAAUUUAUCCAGAAGCAGAGCGUUUGGACGAAGGCGCAGUUUGGCGAAUUUUUCGGUGAGCAGUUCCUCCGAUCGAAGUUGGCCCGCCCGUUUUCCCCGCUUGAGAUGAUUGCGGUCCGCCAAACGCCCGGAGGUAAGGGGAUCGACGCAGUUUACCGAAUCGGCCGCGGGAAGAGUGCGGAGCUUCUGGUCGUCGAGUAUAAAUUUGGGACGGCGGGACUCAACAUGACGAAGGAUGGGCGGCAGAUGUGCGACACUUGGGUGAGGAACAGGUUGCAAAAGGCGCUCCCGAAUAAUCCGCGGGAAGCGGCGAAACUAUUGGAAGAGUUGGAGGCGGGAAGUUUGAAAAAGUUGUUGGUGAGGGUGAACGAAUAUGCGGAUACGACGGUGCAUAUGUUGGACGGGAAUGCGAGAAAGGUGGGGGUCAUGUUUCCUAAAUAAUUCUUGUAUUUUAUCUAGAUAGUGAAUGGGUGGAAUUUUGUUAAUAAAUAUGUUACAUUAUUGAUCUGCUCUAAA